ACCAAGUUUCCUGCACAGCACUUGAACGUUGACUGGCAGCACGUGGGUGGUGGUUGCUACAAAGUUACACCGUAUAGUGGCCAGAAUGGGAACUUUUUCAAAACAUCCAUCCAUCUAAAAAGGAAAGUAUCAAAGUUAUCAGAUGUAUUUUAGUAUGAAGUGGCAUACGUUGUUGAUCGUCGAAUGUUGAGCAUAAACACCCGAACGCAUUUUUUGUGGGCGGAAACCUCCUGUACGCUUGAUGUUGCAUUCACCAAACAACAUACCAUCCAAAAUGUGACGUUGUACUGUACGCUAGAAUUUGGCGUAGUCUUCUACGCACGAUAGUAGCUUUCACUCAAAUGACAUUUAAAUGCCUACACUGUACAGCACUGUAUAUCGGUACUCAAAAUGUACGAAGAGUAACAUUGUUUCCAUGUACUUUGUAACAAACCGCGCUCGAGUUGACUCUGCUUUGCAACCUCAUUGUUAUUUGUACCCGAAUCUAAUUUGCCCCGACGUUUUUGACACGCAUUUGAAAUGAACGAGGAGAAAGACUUUUUGCAGAAAAUAAGGCUGGGGUUUGAAGAACUCUGUCGAGCUUUGAAUAUGGACGUGGAGGCGAGCAACGAAGCAUGGAGGAGUUACGAAAGCAUAAGCAAAAAAUACACAUUAGAGGGCAGUGACCUACACUGGCUGGCCUGUGCCAUCUAUGUGGCCUGUAGAACACCAGUACCAACAGUGGAUAAGGGUACUGCAGAGGGAAACUACGUCUCUCUGACCCGAAUACUUCGCUGUUCAGAACAAAGCCUCAUUGAGUUCUUCAACAAGAUAAAGAAAUGGCAGGAUAUGGCCAGUGUUCCUCAGGACUUCCGCCAGAGCACGGAGAAGCUAGAGAGAAAUUUCACAGUUUCCGCCGUCAUCUUCAAGAAAUACGUCCCCAUCUUCAAAGCCAUCUUUAAGGCGCCCUUGGAUGAACCGCACAGAGUCCACAGGAGCCAUAAACAGAGACGCCAUCCCUGCACCGUUGCUGAAGUGUUCAACUUCUGCUGGAUUCUGUUUGUCCACGCUAAAGGAAACUUCCCUAUGAUCAGUGAUGACCUGGUGAACUCGUACCAUCUCCUUCUGUGUGCUCUGGACCUGGUCUUCUCCAACGCCCUGCUCUGUAAUACCAGGAAGGAGCUGCUCAACCCCAACUUCAAAGGCCUUCCUGAUGACUUCAGCAGUAAGCACUACAAGCCCACUGCAGGGCCUUACUGCUUCAUAGAGCAGCUGUGUGAACUGCAUGAUGGCCUGGUGCUGGAGGCCAAAGGGGUGAAGGAACACUUCUGGAAACCCUUCAUUAAUAGGCUCUUCCAUAAGAAGAUUCUCAAAGGGAAAGAAGAGAGCUUGACUGGCUUCUUAGAUCCUAUGAAUUUUGGAGACAGUUCUGUGUCCAUGGGCCGUGUGUAUGAGGAGCAUGUUCUGGCCACUGGAGGUCUGGAUGAUAGGAUAUUUUUGGGAGAGGGGGCCAAUGAAGACAUUGGCACCCCAGGCCCCUGUCUCUGUGAGGGAGGGGAGAACCAGGACGCCUCAGCAUACAGACUCGACAGCAGUCAGACUGCCUCAGUCCUGAAGGUGUCCACUCCCUUUACGGGUCUUAAUUAUGUCCAGGACAACAGUCUGUGUACGCCGGUCUCUACUGCCAUGCAGAGUGUUGGUCGACUACACAGCCUGCUCACUGGACUGAAGCGCGGCCCCAGUCGGAGACUCACAGACUUACUGAGGGCGUGUGCCAGAGACCCCAGUGAGGUCAUCUCCACUAGGCUGAAGGACAUGUGUCAGCUCUUCUGCCAGCACUAUGAGGGCAACGGGGAAGAGAAAACAGGACUGGGGAAAGACAUCACGGUGUACUUCUGCCUGGCGGAGGCGCUCUACUAUAAAACCCUGGAGGCCGUCAUUGACCAGGAGAAGAAGAGACUGGGCAACUUGGAUCUCUCUGGUAUUCUGGAGCAGGAUGUGUUCCAGCGCUCUCUGCUGGCCUGCUGUCUGGAGAUUGUCAUCUUCUCCUACCGACCCCCAGGGGACUUCCCACGAAUCAUACACAUUUUCCAUCUCCCUGCAUACCACUUUUAUAAGAAAGACUCAUGUGAAGGCCAAAUUACAGAGGAGGAACUGCUUGAUGCAAUUGGGGCCUUUAAGGAUGGGAAAACUCCAGGGAUGGAUGGCAUACCAGUGGAAGUGAUCGAGGUGCUGGUGCGGGUGGAGCAGGGUCUGUUCAGGAAGGUGGUGAAGCAUCUGAACCAGGUGGAGGAGCAGGUUCUGGAGAGCCUGGCCUGGAGGGGGGGAUCCCCGCUGUGGGACAGCGUCAAGGGCGCCAAGAACCAACCACCCUCCUGCCAGGAGGUGAUGCCAUCACAGCAUCUGGAAGAUGGGGACGGAGCCGCCCCUCUCACCCCCAACAACCAUGGCACUGACCUGGGCGCCAACCGUGGUGGGAAAGGUGUGUCCACCACCACCAUGUUGGACCGCUACAGCUGCCCCACCAUGGGCUCGGCCAGGAGACGGCUGUUUGUGGAUGUGUCCUGCGACGCCCCCUCGGACCCCUCCACCACCACCCCUACUACCAACCUCAGGACCUCCCAGGCCAUCCCUGCUGGACAGACGGUGGUCACCAUGGAAACGCCCAAAGUUACCGCUAACAACGGACAGACGGUCACCAUACCUGUGCAAGGAAUAGCCAAUGAGAACGGAGGCAUCACCUUCAUCCCUGUCAAGGUCAGUGUGACGGGACAAGGUAUGGCCACGCUCCAGCCCCUGUCUGCCCAGUCCCUGACUGGCACUUUGACCAGCCAACCACAGACCACCACCACCCUGAACAGACCCACUCUCCAGGGCAGCCACGCCGCCGGCAAGCCAAUCAAGAAGCCGGCAGCCCAGGGCCCGUCCAAUAACGGGCCUCAGAAAAAGAGUUCCCUCUCGCUGUUCUUCCGCAAGGUGUACCACCUGGCCAGUGUGCGUCUCAGAGACAUGUGUGCCAAGCUGGACAUCUCUAGUGAGCUGCGGAGGAAGAUCUGGACGUGUUUCGAGUACUCUCUGGUGCACUACACAGAGCUCAUGAUGGACCGACACCUAGACCAGCUCCUCAUGUGUGCUGUGUACGUCAUGACCAAGGUGACCAAAGAGGACAAGUCCUUCCAGAACAUCAUGAAGUGUUACCGCUCUCAGCCCCAGGCCAGCAGCAGCGUCUACAGGAGUGUGUUGAUCUCUGGGAGGAAGAGACGUCACUCAGGAAGCAGUGAGGGAAAUGGACAGAGCUCUCCUACACAGACCAGCCAUGAGGGAAGUGGAGACAGCAGCCCCGUACCCAUGCGUUCCACCAGCACCCUACCCACCCCUCAGCCUGGCAGCACCCCAUCCACCCCCACCCUGUCCCCCUCCACCUUCCUCUCCUCAUCCCUCCCUCCCUCCCAGCAGCAGGAUGAUGAAGGGGGAGUGGUGGUGGGGGGGGAGCAACGAGGAGACCUCAUCCACUUCUACAACCGGGUCUACAUCAAACAGAUGCGCCACUUUGCCCUGCGCUACUCGCCCAGCUCAUCCUCUGCAGGGCUAGAGUCUCCUCCCCUGUGCCUGUACCCCUCCCUGAGGACCAGCUCCCCUCGCAGGGUCCUCCUGUCCCACAACCACUCCAUCUAUAUCUCUCCCCAUAAGGCUAGUGACAGCCCCCCCACCGCUACCGCACAGGACAAGAUAUUCUACUACAUCUGCAGCGGCCCAGCCAACCGCCUGGCGGAGAUCAACAGUAUGAUCCGCACCGGGGAGACGCCCACCAAGAAGCGCAGCAUGCAGCUGGAGGAGGAGCCGUCCCCCAAGAGGUUGUGUCCGAACAACCAGACAGCCCUCUUCCGCAGGCUACAAGACGUGGCCAACCAUUGUAGCUCCUCCCACUAAGGUUGAACACACCCCCUUCAGAACACACCACUGGCUGAAGUCGGUAGUCACCAUACUAGACUGCCAUGUUAGAAACAAAUAAACUGGCAACAUCAUCAAUAUCAAAAUUGAUGAGGAUACAUUUGUUUUUCAUAAAGGAUAAGAUCUUCUAGUCUAAGGUUAGUAUGAUGGUUUAAGUUCAAAGUUAGCCUGAACUAUUGGUGGUUGGUAGUUAAACAUCAGAUUUGAGGUUACUUCCGUCUGUUCUAGCAUGGCCAGAUUGUGAGUCCCUUAACACCAUAUUUUUCUAUAUACACCGAGUGCACAAAAUAUUAGGAACACCUUCCUAAUGUUGAGUUGCUCCCCCCAUUUUGCCCUCAAAACAGUCUCAAUUCGUUGGGGCAUGGACUACAAGCUGUCGAAAGCAUUCCAAAGGGAUGCUGGCCGAUGUUGCCUCCAAUGCUUCCCACAGUUGUGUCAAGUUGGCUGGAUGUCCUUUGGAUGGUGGACCAUUCUUGACACACAGGAAACUUGAUAGUGAAAAUCCCGGCGGCGUUGCAGUUCUUGACACACUCAAACUGGUGCGCCUGGCAUCUACUACCAUAAACCGUUCAAAGGCACUUAAAUACACAAUCCACGUCUCAAUUGUCUCAAGGCUUAAAAAUCCUUAUUUAACCUGUCUCCUCCUCUUCAUCUACGCUGAUUGAAGUGGAUUUAACAUCAAUAACGUACCAUAGCUUUCACCUGGAUUCACCUGGUCAGUCUAUGUCAUGGAAAGAGCAGGUGUUCUUAAUGUUUUGGACACUGUGUAUGUCCAGAGUCGAAUAUAUUUUGUCUAGAAUACACAGCAAUUACAGAAUGGACCGCCAUUGUUAUGGAGCUUUGCAAGUUUGCAUAUAUGGUGGAGUAUAAUUCAAAAUCACAUGCAUUUUGAAGUGUAUUCUAUCAGUGUUACUAACAUGCUCAUGCUCAGAAUUUAGCUGUUCUAUAUACUAUGAAUGAAUUCCUUUCAGUGUUUUGAUAUUCUUCUUGAGACAAAAUCCAUCAUUACACUCAUAUUCAGUAUCUAUUUAGGAUUUCAUAUCUCAGAAGUUUAUAAGAUGAGUUUUUUAAUGAGUUGCGUCAGAAGAGAAGAAAGCACUUAACAAUGACCAUGUUCUUAAAAUAUUUUGUACCUUGUUUGGUCUUGAGUACAUGCAAGCAUUUCAAAUAAGUAUUUUUAAAGCUUUUGUAACACUGCCGGGUUUCUUUUCCAAAGUCUUUGAGCUUAAUUUUAUGUUGUUAUUUUGUGUAUAAUUAUUUAACUAGGCAGGUCAGUUAAGGACAAACUCUUAUUUUCAAUGACAGCCUUGGAACAGUGGGAAGGAACUGCCUUGUUCAGGGGCAGAACAACACAUUUUUACUUUGUCAGCUCAGGGAUUCAAUCUUGCAACCUUUUGGUUACUAGUCCAACACAACCACUAGGCUACCUGCCGCCGUAACAUAUGUAUGCUAUUUUUCUAACUUUAGAUAUGUUAGCAAGAAACAGUAACUUUCCUUUUUAGCAAUGACGAUACUUAGUAGUAGAAUCACUGACAACAAUAUUUGUUUUCUGUCUCAUGUAGCUUCCAUUAAUUAUACAGUAAUACUUUUAGUAUCCAAUACAUUUUAUAAUUGUGUUGUUAGUCACAAUGGCAUGUUAUCGUUUUGUUGAUCAGCAACUGAAAAGUCAUGGCAAAUGUCUUUGUCUUAACAUUGUUGUAAAAUAAAUAAAAAAUAAAGCAUAUUAUUUUAUCGUA